AUAAUAAAAUUUUAGUUAACAUUGAUUUAUAAAAAUAUUAUACAACUAAUACAAAAUUAAUUAAUAUGUUAUUUUAUAAAAUAUGUAAAAUUUUUAAGUAAGAUUUUGUUUGAUUCUUUGUCAACAGAUUUUGUUAUAAUUAAAUAAAUAAAAUUCAAAUUUAUAGUCGGUUUAUUAUUAAUAUAAAUGAUUAAGUAUGUUAUAUUAACUAGAGAAAAAUAGGACCCUAAAUUAAUAGAUAAGAUUUCUCAAAAUACAUUUUCUUCAUCCUAAAUUACAUAAUAUACAACCCUAUUCUUUGUUCAAAACUACAAGCUGUGUUUGUGUUUUUCCUUCAGCAAAGAACUACGUGCCGUCUUAAUCUAAAAUAAACAGAACAGAACAUUUCUCCUCCGUGACACUGACACAGCACUCACUAAUCAGAUCUCUCGACCACCUUUACGAGUUUUGAUCAUGGCUCAGAUGAUUCGAAUGAAGAUCCAAUCUGUGUUGAUUCCCCAAGUUUACCUGCCGCUCUUUGCAGCUGGUUAAGGCCGUCGCCGUGAGACUCAAUAAUCGUUAAGUAAAAGUCUUCUUUUUUUUAAGGGCUUAUUGGCGUAAUAGCUAUAUUUUAGAAGGAAAUCAAGAGUAUGGACAUGAUUUUGACAGAAUGUAGUGAUUGUCUUUUUGCCAUCAUUUCAGCCGGUUAUACCCUUCUACGUAACAAGUACCCAGUUCCUUCACAUAAAAUAAACGACGUGGUGAUUUUGUGACCCAUAGUAACAAUGAGAGAAUUUUGGAAGCGUGAAAUAAAAAUCAGAGGAAGAAAAAUAUGCAGAGAGAGGAGUAGAUGAAAAUCGGAAGUGUAAAGGAAACAACGUUAAACAAACGGAGAAUGCAAGAAUCGUAUUACCAUACUAUAUAUUUUACAUAGAGUAGUAGAAAUACAGAUAUAGUUCCAAUUCAAAUAGCAUAUGCAUAAUAUAACGACAGGUGGAGUGGAAUUCCGAGAAGAAGAUCUGCUAUUCCAUUUCCGCUAGGUGGAGUGGAAUUCCGAGAACCGGGGCAGAAUUUCUACUAUUCCAUGUAACUACUAUUUCAUGUAACAUAAACCAUGUUAAUUAUAGACUAGCUGCAUAAUAUAUCAUGUAUAUAUAUUUAAGUAAUAUAAUGGGAGAUUGGAGAAUUGUAUUUACAUUCCUAAUGAGUCAGAUGAAAAACAAAUAUAACGGAGGUGAUAAUAGAACAGUUAAAAGUAAUCACUAAACCUAAGUUAGGGAAAUAUAAACCCCAAGACAUAGAUAACCGAACCAAAUCCUGUUUGAAAUUAAAUCCACCUGUCAUAAUAGACAAGAUAUGUAUUUACACGCUUCAUAAGCAACAUCAAAUAUAAAGCUAGGGGAUAUGAUAAUAGAACAGUUGAGUGUAAACAUUAAACCCAAGUGUAGGAAAUAUAAACCCCAAUACAUAAGGAAACCAAAUCUUAUGGAAAUAAAAACCUCAUGACCACAUGGAAUACCAGUGGGAAAAGUAGGUACAAAUCUUAUUGUGAUAUGUAUAUAUUAUUGUAACCAUUUCAUUCCAUAUACGGUAUACUAUGUGAGUUGGAUACAAAUCUAAUGAAAGAGUGAUAAAACUACACUUGACAUUAAACACUAGCUGCAGAGUACAUCAUGUAUAUAUUUAAGUAUAAUAAUGGGAGCUUGGUGACAUGUAUUUACAUUCAUAAUGAGUCAGAUGAAAUACAAAACUAACUGAGGUGAUAAUAAAACAAUUGAGAGUAAUCACUAAACCGAAGUUAGGGGAAUAUAAACCCCACGACAUAGGUAACGGAACCCAAACCUUCUUGAAAUUAAAUCCACCUGACAUUCUAGGGGACAUAUGUAUUUUCUUGCCAGUGGGUUCACAGCCUGUCUCAAACAAUCUACUUGGAAGCUCUAGCUCGUCCAUAACAAACCUGGAUGUUAUCAAAAAAAGAUAGACAAAGAGUGAGGAUGGUUCAUCGUGGCAAAUGCAAUAUAUAAAUGAACAAUGAGCUAAACAGAGGAUGAACCGGGAGAAGAAUGGAAAAUCAUUAUGAGUGGAUUUACUAUUCGAUAUGAAAUGGAAUACUUUGAAAGACAUACUAUUUGACUUGUUUAGAAGAUAUGAAUACUAUUCCACUUGUUAAUAAUAGGAACAACAAAACGUACAUGAAGAACUUACGAAUCAAACCACACCCAAACACUAAUUGCAGCAAAUCAAGAAUAAUGAAAACCUAUAGUCUACGACAUACAAUGGUAUAGUGGGUGACAAAUACUAUUACAUUUGAAAUAGAAACCAGAUCUGGAAAUUUAUAUUAUUUAUACUGACAGGAUAAUUCUAAUGAAUGAUAUAUGCUACAAUCUGCACAUGAAUUACUACACCACAUAGUUCACAACAUCGACAUGAAACAACUCAAAUUUAAGAAACUCUCACACAACCCGGAAAAACUCAAACCCUAAAUCAAUUUAAGAAAUUCCAACCUCAGAGGAUGAAAUUCCGUCACCGGAAGUAUGGUAUCCCGGUUCCUUCACAAUGAUAAAGACAACAAGUAAAAACCCUAAUUUUGACGAGAUAGAAAAAUCAAAUCAGAGAAACAGAGAAGAAGCAUAUGGAGUCCUGAACUUACGGCGGUGUCAGAGAUUUGAGAAACCCGCUAUGCCAUGAAGUUGGAGAUACCGGCAAUUUAACUUGCCUCCGCCGAGAUCAGAACGCAGUAGCGAAGACGGAGACGAAACCGUUAAGGAUUAGAGAAGACAAAGAUGAUCAGAAGAGAGAACGACGGAGAUGCUCAGGGGAUUGCAUGCGGAGGCGAGCGGGUGGAGGAGAAUUGCGGCAGGGGCGUCUAGAGUGCGAAGAACCACCGAUGAAGAAAGUGAGAAUGGAGGUUGUGUGGAAACGGAAAGGACACGAUUUACUUUGAGGAUAAAAAGUAUUUUAUUUUUAAUUUUUUUUUCUAGCAGGUGAGCCGGUAAAUUGAAGAGGGUAUCACAGUAAUAUUAUGUAUAUAAGACGCCGUGUAUACAUCCGUUAGGGUAAACCACUAGUCUGCUAAUUAUAGUUUUUUUCAUGUCUAUAGACCCCAAUUCCCCUUUUUUAAUUGCAUUUACCAAUAUCCAGUAGGUGGUGAUGUGUAUUUUACAGAGAAAAAAAAGACCAAAAUAGCACUAAAUCAAGUUUUUGUUCCCAAACUAGCACUCAAGGCCAAAAGUCACAAAAUAACAUUCAAGAGGUGGGGUUUAGAGUUGAGAAAUGAGGUUUUGGGAUAAGAUUUCAAAUUUUGAAAAAUAAAAAAAUUUAAAUUUUUCAAAAGAUAAAAUGUUAUUUUGGUCGUUUUAGUUUUUGAGUGUUAUUUUUGUGAUAUAAACUUAAAAAGGUGCUAUUUUAGAGAUUUACCCUAUUUUACAUGUAGUUGCUAUCACUAUCAAUGUCUUUGAAUUCACAUUAAAAAUAUUCUAACGAAGGAAGACUGUCAAAUGUCAAAUUCAAAUUUUCAGAAGAGACUUUUAACGAGAAUGACAAAGAGUUGCUUGUCUGGUGUUGAAUGUCGGCCAGUGAUAAAAAUGCUUUGCCUUUACUCUCCCUGGUUACACACCUUUAUAAAGGCUUGACUGUUGACAAAAACAAAACAAAAGAUGUUGACAAAGGACUCAUCUCACAUAUUCAACGACUUCAUUUAAUUGUCCCCACUACCUUCUUUCAGUGGAAUUGCAUUUUGAGUUUGCUUCUUUCUUUAUUAUACCUUAAAGGCUUUAAACUUACUCUCGUUUUCUCUUUAUGUUGAAGAAGACGAAGCUAUGAAGCCGUUUCUUUCAAUUGCUCUACUCAUGUUCUUUGAAGCUUUCACGGUGGUCUUUGCUCAAGCCAGGUUUUCGAGUGAGACUGACAUGAAAGCUUUGCUCGAGUUCAAGUCCCAAGCCGCUGAGAACAAUACUGAGGUCUUGUCCUCAUGGAACAGCUCCUCUCCGCUCUGCAGCUGGACUGGUGUUACAUGCGGUCGGAAGCGAGAAAGAGUUGUGAGUCUUGACCUCGGAGGAUUCAAGUUAGCUGGUGUGAUCUCACCCUCCAUUGGUAACCUCUCUUUCCUCAGAGUACUUAAUCUCGCAGACAACUCUUUUACAAGUACCAUCCCUCGAGAGGUGGGGAUGCUGUUUAGGCUUCAGUACUUGAACAUGAGCUUUAAUCUUCUCCAAGGAAGGAUUCCUCCAAGUCUCUCCAACUGCUCUACGCUCUCGACUCUUGAUUUAUCCUCAAACCAGAUUGGACACGAAGUUCCUUCAGAGCUAGGUUCGCUUUCGAAGCUUGUCAUCCUCUCUCUUGCUACGAACAACCUUACCGGGAAGUUUCCUGCAUCUUUAGGAAACUUGACUUCACUCCAGAAGCUUGACUUUGCUUAUAACGAGAUGGAAGGAGAGAUUCCAUACGAUGUUGCUAGAUUGAGACAACUGGUGUUUUUUCAGAUAUCACAGAAUGGUUUCUCAGGUGUGUUUCCUCAUGCGUUGUACAACCUCUCCUCGCUUGAGUCUCUAUCCCUAGGUGGCAAUAGCUUUACAGGUAACCUUAGGGCUGAUUUUGGUUACCUUCUUCCAAACCUAAGAACACUUCUUUUGGGAGAAAAUCAUUUCACCGGAGCUAUCCCCAUAACACUUACAAAUAUCUCAAGCCUCGGAAGGUUUCAUAUCUCAUCUAAUAACCUCACAGGAAGCAUCCCUUUGAUUUUUGGAAAGCUACCUAACCUGUGGUGGUUAGGGAUUGCUCAAAACGCUCUUGGAAAGAACUCGUUCAGUGAUCUUGAGUUUAUUGGUGGUUUAACUAACUGCACUGAACUAGAGUUCUUAGAUGCUGGCUACAACAGACUUGGAGGUGAGCUGCCUGCCUCAACAGCCAAUCUGUCUACCAAGCUGACUAGUCUAAACAUGGGAGGAAACCACAUCUCUGGAACCAUUCCUCGUGACAUCGGUAAUCUCGUAAACCUGCAAGUACUCAGUUUGGAAGCAAAUAUGUUGACAGGAGAGCUUCCUGUCUCUUUCGGGAAGCUUUUGGAAUUGCAGGUGCUUGAAGUGUACACAAACUCAUUAUCUGGGGAGUUACCGUCUUACUUUGACAAGAUGACUCAGCUGCAGAAGAUUCAUUUGAACAGCAAUAGUUUCCAAGGAAGAAUCCCCAAGAGCAUUGGAGGAUGUAGAAACUUGCUAGACUUAUGGAUUGAUACAAAUAAGUUGAAUGGGAGUAUACCUCGGGAGAUACUGCAGAUUCCAUCUCUUGCUUUCUUAGAUUUGUCAAACAAUGUCUUGACAGGUUCUUUUCCGGAAGAAGUUGGGAAGUUAGAGCUGCUUGUUGGACUAGCUGCUAGCGACAACAAGUUAUCAGGACGCAUUCCACAAACUCUAGGGGGUUUUCUCUCUUUGGAGUUUCUCUAUCUGCAAGGGAACUCGUUUGAAGGAGCCAUUCCAGAUAUAAGUCGGUUGGUUAGUUUAUCAAAUGUUGACUUCUCUAGAAACAAUCUCUCUGGUCGCAUACCUCAGUAUCUCGCCAAGUUUCCUCAGCUGAAAAAUCUGAAUCUUUCUAUGAACAAGUUCGAGGGAAGUGUGCCUACAACAGGAGUGUUUCGAAACGCUACAGAAGUUUCUGUUUUUGGAAACAGUAAUCUAUGCGGAGGGAUCAGAGAAAUGCAACUAAAGCCAUGCAUUGACGUGAAAGCAUCAUCAAGGCCGAGAAAGCCUCUUUCACUUCGAAAGAAGAUUGCCAGUGGUAUUGGUAUAGGUAUGGCCUCACUUUUGUUAAUCAUAAUUGUGGCUGCUCUGUGUUGGUUCAAGAAGAAGAGGGACAAGAGGAAGAAGAAUGAUACUAGUAGUACUAACCAAUCUUAUUCCACUACUAUGGGAAAGUUCUAUGAGAAGUUAAGUUAUAAAGAGCUUUACGAUGCAACUGGUGGCUUCUCUUCAGACAAUCUGAUUGGUUCAGGCAACUUCGGUACUGUAUAUAAAGGAGUCCUUGGUCAUGAUAACAAACUCGUAGCUGUUAAAGUCUUGAACCUCUUGAAGCAUGGAGCAACGAAAAGCUUUAUGGCGGAAUGUGAAACUUUCAAAGGUGUAAGGCAUCGCAACCUUGUGAAGCUAUUAACGGUUUGUUCAAGCCUCGAUUCAGAAGGUAAUGAGUUCAGAGCUCUGGUCUACGAGUUCAUGCCGAAAGGAAGUCUGGAUACGUGGCUGCAUCAGCCAGAAGAUCCCUCGAGAGAUUUGACAAUUCCAGAGAAACUAAACGUAGCAAUAGAUGUUGGUUCAGCUUUGGAGUAUCUUCAUGUUCACUGUCAUGACCAAAUAGCUCACUGUGAUCUUAAGCCAAGCAACGUUCUUCUUGACGAUGACCUUACAGCUCAUGUUGGUGACUUUGGUUUGGCUAGGCUUUUAUAUAAAUUCGACCGAGAGUCCUUCCUAAGCCAGUUUAGUUCUGCUGGUGUUAGAGGCACCAUUGGCUAUGCCCCACCAGAAUAUGGAAUGGGAGGGCAGCCAUCGAUAAGAGGAGAUGUGUACAGCUUUGGAGUUUUGCUUUUGGAGAUGUUCACCGGAAAGAAACCGACGGACGAAUCAUUUUCAGGGGAUUAUAACCUCCACAGCUACGCAAAGUCGGUGUUGUCAGGAGAUGAGGAGGAGGGUGGAGGCAGCAAUGCCGUUGAUGAGUGGUUGAGACUGGUUUUGCAGGUGGGAGUAAGGUGUUCUGAAGAAUAUCCGAGGGAUAGGAUGGGGAUGGCUGAAGCACUACGAGAACUAGUCUCAGUCAGAUCUAAGUUCUUCAGUACCAAGACGGAUACUGCAGAAGAGCUAAGUCCCCGGGAUGCUGUGCAAAGUUCUCCUCAGGAAUGGAUGUUAAGCGCGGACAUGCAUACAAUGUAGACCAAAAACAAAUGACAUCACAAUCACCUUCUCAACAACUUCUGCUUCCUCCCAAACAGAAGCCCACUCACCUUCUCCUUUUUUCGUUUCCUUUUUGUAGUUUUGAGCAUUUUCUUAAAUAAGAUCUUCCAUUUGGAAAAACAUUUUUGUUCUGUGUCCAUCAGGAUUGAGCGAAACAUGUUUGUAGAAAAGCUCACUAGUAGCAAAACUUACUUGACUAUGUUUCUUUUGCUUUUACGCUAGAAACAAAGUGCACACUCAUAACAAGACAAGAAUUACAUUACUAAACAAUGCCAUUACAACACGCCACAAGAUCUAGUAAUGUGAUUAUAACAUACCUUUGUUACAGAAUUUUGGAAUAAAGAAUGAUAGAACUCAAACAACUAUAUUUUCGAAACAACAUAUAUCAAAUUUUAUUAGAUUUAUAAAAUAUAUUUAGAACUUUAAGAGGAUGAACCGAAUUAAAUGAAGCUAAAAAUAAAAAGUAGAAGUUAAUUUAAUUAAAAAAUAUUGUUUAAUUUGAAAAAAUAAUAUGGAGCUCAAUAUACCAUACAUGAAACAAUCCAAAUUAUUAUACAUGAGAUAAAAUAUCUACUUAAGAAGAGAACAUAAUAAUA